AUGAUAAGCAGAAGUAAGAUUCAAAGUUAUUGUGGAAAUGAUGAUCCUAUACUUGGAUGUUCUUAUUGGAACCCGUCUAUUUUUCCUUUAAAUUCACAUCAAUACUUGAUUGCUGUACGUGAAUCUACUCGACAAAACUGUGGUGGUAUGAUUGGCACAAUGAUCACUUUAGCUCGAUUGGCAUUCAGGCCAGCCAUUAGUACUGUCCUCAUUGGUUCAUUCAAUCCUAAUGAUUUGAUAAUAAAGUCGAAAUACCACAUUCUCGUUCGCGUACAUCAACAACUUCCAGAUUCAUUUCGUUACAAUCCUAAUGGAUAUCAUCGCGGUCACGAAGAUCCCAAAUGGAUUUCUGAUGAAGACAGACUUUAUUUACUUACAUCAUCCGAAAGGUACUCGUGUCCACGACUGUUUUUGACUAGAGUAACGUUAAUUCAACAUCAGAUUGAUAAUAAUACAAAUGAUGAUCUAAUUGAAUUCGGUAAAACAAUUGAAUUGAGGACACUUUUUGAUGCACCCUAUAGUCAAAAGAAUUGGAUGCAUGUACCCGUAUCUAUGAAGGACAAACCAAAAAAACAUCAUCAUUGGUUAUUAUUUGUCUAUCAAGUAUCUCCUACAUUACAGCUUGUGUGGGUAGAUCCAGAAACAGGUAAUACCGUAUUAUACGACGAUUCGCUGCACUCACUAUCAUCGGUAAACGAAAUAUGUGGAUCAUCUAUGUUUAUUUCCGAAACCAACAACACAUAUCUCGGAUUUAUUCACACAAGCAAGCCGCAUCCAGCGUCUCAUCUUGGUCUUGAUUUGAAUAUUUACCAUUCUUAUUUAAUCAGAUUAACCAGAAAACCAAUACCAACUACAGAAUCGUGGAAGUGGAUCAUCACACAUAAAACACCGCCCUUAGCAAUGCCCGUAGCGAGAAAUGAACGUGCCCAUCGAAUUCAAUUUGUAACAACAUUAACUCAACGAAAUUCGGAAUUUUGGAUAUCGAUGGGUGAUAUGGAUUGUGAUUCUCAUAUUCUUCGAAUCCCGCAAAGGUCUCUCCUACAAUUAUUACAUUGA